AUCUUGCUCCGUUCCAAGACAGGCGACCACGAUGGAGUGAACCCACCCUGUCCGCCACAAGGAAAAGCACAAAGAAGAAAUGACGAUGGCCAAGUUAACUGAAUCCAUGACGAAUGUCCUGGAAGGUGAUUCCAUGGACCAGGAUGUGGAGAGCCCGGUGGCCAUUCAUCAGCCAAAGUUGCCUAAGCAGGCCAGGGACGACCUGCCAAGACACAUCAGCCGAGACAGGACCAAAAGGAAAAUCCAGAGGUAUGUGAGGAAGGACGGAAAGUGUAACGUCCACCAUGGCAACGUGAGGGAGACCUAUCGAUACCUGACGGACAUCUUCACCACCCUCGUGGACCUCAAGUGGAGAUUCAACCUGUUGAUCUUCGUCAUGGUCUACACAGUGACAUGGCUCUUCUUUGGAAUGAUCUGGUGGCUAAUUGCAUACAUCCGGGGAGAUAUGGACCACAUAGAGGACCCCUCAUGGACUCCCUGCGUCACCAACCUCAACGGGUUUGUCUCUGCUUUUUUGUUCUCAAUAGAGACAGAAACCACCAUCGGUUAUGGCUACCGGGUCAUCACGGACAAGUGCCCCGAGGGAAUUAUCCUCCUCUUAAUCCAGUCCGUGUUGGGGUCCAUCGUCAAUGCAUUCAUGGUAGGAUGCAUGUUUGUGAAAAUAUCCCAACCCAAGAAGAGGGCAGAGACCCUGGUCUUCUCCACGCACGCAGUGAUCUCCAUGCGGGAUGGGAAGCUCUGCCUGAUGUUCCGGGUAGGGGACCUGAGGAAUUCCCACAUCGUGGAGGCUUCCAUCCGAGCCAAGCUGAUCAAGUCCAAACAGACUUCAGAGGGGGAGUUCAUCCCCCUCAACCAGACGGACAUCAACGUGGGGUACUACACCGGGGAUGACCGUCUCUUUCUGGUGUCGCCUUUGAUUAUUAGCCAUGAGAUUAACCAGCAGAGUCCCUUCUGGGAGAUCUCCAAAGCACAGCUCCCGAAAGAGGAACUGGAGAUUGUGGUCAUCCUGGAGGGAAUGGUGGAAGCCACAGGAAUGACGUGCCAAGCUCGGAGCUCCUACAUCACCAGUGAGAUCUUGUGGGGUUACCGCUUCACCCCCGUCCUAACGCUGGAAGACGGGUUCUACGAAGUUGACUACAACAGCUUCCAUGAGACCUACGAGACCAGCACCCCAUCCCUUAGUGCCAAAGAGCUGGCCGAGCUGGCUAACAGGGCAGAGCUGCCCCUGAGUUGGUCCGUGUCCAGCAAACUGAACCAACAUGCAGAACUGGAGACAGAAGAGGAAGAGAAGAACCCGGAAGAACAAACGGAGAGGAAUGGUGACGUGGCAAACCUAGAGAAUGAAUCCAAAGUGUAGGCCCUGCUGGGUCAGCCUUUCCCUCCCCUCAGACACAACCCUUCCUUGUCUCUCAUGCCCCUCUUUUCUGUUUCUCUCACUUUGAUCUUGAUUUGUUUAUAUUUAAUUUUGGCAUUUCCAAAAACCAAAUCUUCAAGGUGUAAAAUGCCUACCUGCCCUCAGAUGUUCAGAUAGACGAGCAGACAGGGAUUUGGUCGAGGGUCAGGGUACCUCUAUUUGUGGCCCAAGCCUGGUCUCCACCCUCAGGAGGACCCACUUAACUGUCCAACAUACGUCACUCAAAAGAGCUGUCAAGGGUUUUACCCAGUGACACAGAGGUCACCUGCUUACUGUGGCCGUAGGUCACACCGGAUAGUCCCUUCGGUUUUACAGAAUCCAGUUCAUCUCACCUAGCACAGGGCAGGUGCUUGCCCACUCAGACACUGUGGGUGCAGGACCCAGAUAGCCAAGGAUAGACCACUGUACAUAGAUCUGCCCUAUGGAAUUAUUUUCUUUUGGCAAUUAGUGACACCACUCAGCAUGCACCAGAGUACCGUGGAGCAGAACUCCUAAUAAUGUACAUAGAUGUAUCAUUCAUGUAGCCUGAGAAAUAUAACUUUAGAAAUAAGAAGAAAAAAGAUUCCUAAUGUACAGUAGGUGUUUCUAUUUUGUUAUCUGUGUCUUUUGAUCAUCUUGAUCCCCUUGACUGCUGGCCCUCUAAAUGCAUGGCCUUUGUUCCAGGUCCCAGGUUGACAGCUGCUGGGUACCGUUCUGUUCCCUUGUGAUCCUUCUGUUGAAUCUAAUAAGCCAUAGGUCUGAGGACAGUCCAGAGGCAGCAGAUUGCAAGUCCCGCCACCCAAAACUCUGAACUCCCGUGAUGGAUGUCAUUUGUUUAUAGAUGGCAAGGGUCUCUCUGACCAGCCUGGGGAACAGGAACUAGCGCAGCCCCCCACGUGACACUCGCCAUAAACCCUAGCCCUUUGGUGCACAGCAGUUUAAGAAAACUUUCUGUAAAACCAUUGAUUGCUCUUCUAUGUAGUCACAAGAAACUGCGGACAUUUCAUGUGGGCUGUGGCAAGUCAGCAGAAGGCGACUUGGGUGUGAAGCCACGGCUUUCAGGAAGUCAUGCAAUGGGUGACAAUAUUGCGUUACCAACUCCCUGCCCUCUGACGUCAUCGGGCAAGCCUUUCCCUGGGGCCUGUCCUUACCAUUUCUUAUGCUGGUUUUCUUUUAAAAAUCUUCUCUCAUUAUUAUUGUUGCUAUUAUUAUAAAAUGGCCAGAGUCUGGCAUACAAAGGUCCUUCCAGAGUACGAGAGUAUUCCACUACUUGCAAUCUACUCCAAGGGCCUCUCAAUCAAAAGAGCACAAACAACAACCAUCAGACCGUUCUCCCUAGCUUAUUUUAAUCUUCAAAGAAGGAGGGAAUGGACGAACAAAGGAAGGCAGGCAACACGCAUUACAAUCUAAAUUCAAAUGAAAUGAAAAGUGGACUGGGAAGAGACUCUCGGGUGAGACAUCGGGGCAGGUGGAGAUUUUGCACUGUAACCGAUCUUUCUCAUUGAUUUUACACCUAUAAACUGUUCGUUCUCUAACACCAUUGCACAUCAUAGAUAUGCAUCGAAGGAUCUAAACUUAUUUCAGCUCCUACAGAUGUGCUCAGUUUGAGACUUUGCCCCAUGGAGGUCAAAGAGGUCAAACUAGCUGCUCCCUGGUUCCCCUUUGCCACCCCUGACCAGACUGCACAGGGCUUUGCUGUAAUCUGGGUUCCUGGUCUAUAAGAGACAGGAAUUAUGGGAAGUGGUUUCUCCAUCCAGCAUCUGGGCUGCUCCUCUCUGUCUGCAGAGAUCUUGCUACCCAAACAACUAUUUCUUGGCUCUGACUCUGGAAAACAAAGCUAUUGGCUGCAGCCCUUCCCCGCCUGCCAGCAUUUCCCUUUGGCAUUGGUUAUUAUCAAUCAAGUCAUGCAUUCUCUCUGCACACUCUAAGCCGGAGAUGGUGGAGGAGGAAGCCUGAUUCCCAAGAGGCCUGACCUUAUCUUAGCCUUAUGAAAGAUGCCCUGCUUUGGGGCACCGGCCCGCAGCAGCCCAGGGCAGGGCCUGUGUAGCACAAAGAAAGGUGGGGAAAGCCGCCAGGUGUCUGCUGACUAGCUCUUGAAGACUCACUGGGCCUUUUUAAAUCUAUGACUGAAGUUUGAAGGACAAUCUCCCCUAUUGAUGGGCUGAAAGAGCAGCUUUGAAGUUGCCCUUCUCCCCCGCUCUUCGGGACACCGGGACAAUAGCCCCGUGCACAGCCAUGCUGUGGCCUCAGCAGGACACUCUGAUGGGGGGGGUCUCUCUCUGCCUCUCAGGGUCUUGAUGUCACUGUGGUGUGUGAUGUGAGCUCAGAAUCCUUAAAGACAGGAGCUCCUGGAGGACCUUUUGUUAGAAUGACCUUUCCAAACGUGUCUAUUUUUCUACAGUCACCAAGAAAACGGUUUGACAGUGUAUUUUGUGUCUACUGUUAAAAUUUGAAAGAAGGUCAUUACGACUGAAUUUUCUAAGCAGCAAGUACUCUAUGGGGUUUUUCAUUAAGUUAAUUCAACAAAAGGGAUCCCCAAAGCCUCCCCUUUCUAGUCCACGAUCCCCAGUCCCUCUCUCUGCCAGUAGACCAAGUGCUAUGAAAACACAAUGAACCAAGCAACCCACAACCAAUAGGGUGCUCUCCCUCUC